CUCUUCGCAUCGUGUCACUCGGAUAUCCAGCCCCCCCUCCUUAUAAUUUCCAUCGUGGUAUGAUCCGAGGAUGUUUUCUCUUUUUUUUACAUUUGGGUACUGUAUAAUAAGGUCUGUGUCCAAAGAAAGAAAUUUUCACAUCGAUAUAUAGCCUACUGUUUAUCCUUAAAAUGAAUAAUAAUUGACUUGUAUCAAUAUGACAAGUAUGACCCCUGCAAGGAAAGGUGAUUUGACACCUGAAGAGAGAGUAAUGCUACAGGUGGCUGCUACAGGUGAUGUGCAAGAGGCCACCCAGCUUCUCAGCAAUCCAAAUGUGCGUGUUAACUGUCUGGAUGAGUAUGGCAUGACCCCUCUCAUGCAUGCGGCCUAUAAGGGUAAAGCAGACAUGUGCAGACUGCUGCUGCAGCACGGAGCUGAUGUCAACUGUAAUGAGCAUGAGUAUGGUUAUACUGCCCUCAUGUUCGCUGGCCUCUCAGGUAAUGCUGAAAUUACAGAGAUGAUAUUAGAUGCUGGAGCAGAGACGGAUCUGGUCAACUCAGUGGGACGGACUGCUGCUCAGAUGGCCGCCUUUGUGGGUCAGCAUGACUGUGUGACAGUGAUCAACAAUUUUUUUUCUCGUGCGAGGUUGGAAUACUACACCAGACCCCAGGGCUCAGAGAGAGAACCUAAACUACCCCCCAAACUAGCAGGACCCCUACACAAAAUCAUCAUGACUACUAACCUCAAUCCUGUCAAGAUGGUGAUGCUGGUGAAGGAGAACCCCUUAUUGGUGGACGUGGUGGCCCUGGAGAAGUGCUACCGUGUGAUGGAUCUGCUCUGCGAGCAGUGCGUGAAACAGGAGGACAUGAAUGAGAUUCUGGCCAUGAAAAUGCACUACAUCAGCUGCGUACUGCAGAAGUGUCUGGCCUUCCUGCAAGAAUGUGACGACAAACUGGAUGCCCUUUUGAAGAGACUUUUGAAAGGAAGAGAUGGUGAUGGCUUUCCUCAGUACCAGGAGAAAUUCAUCCGUGAUUGUAUCCGGAAGUUUCCCUAUUGUGAGGCAACCCUUCUGCAGCAGCUGGUCCGAAGCAUAGCACCUGUGGAAAUUGGGAACGACCCCACAGCCUUCUCGGUUCUGACCCAGGCAUUGACGGGCCAGAUGGUGCUUAUGGACACUGAGUACUGUGCUACUUGUGGGGAGAGGGGUGCCAACAAGAAGUGCUCCUUCUGUAAAAUGGUGGUCUACUGUGGGCAGACGUGUCAGAGGCUGCACUGGUUCACCCAUAAGAGGCAGUGCAAAUCCCCUGUGCAACAAAGAGAUGCUCAGUUCAACAGCCAACCAAAACUGAGAGAACUCUCUAGCAAUGCUGAUGACAGUGAUGCAGAGAAGGCUGCCAGCUCCAUGCUGGCUCUUUGUCUGGGGUUUUCAGAGUGUGUACUUCAGCACAGUCCUUCUGAUGAACACCAUGAAACCUCUGAAGAUGAUCCUCGUGCUGGACAGGACUAAAGAACAGAACGAUGUUGGCUGUCGUUUCUUUGACCAGGUUAACUCCCUUGAGCAUCGAGUUCAGGCUCUGCAUGCUGUGCUGUGAUUGGAGCUCUGCAUUCUAUAGGACACUUAAACCAUGAUACAGAAGUGUUGGACUGUAUACUCAUUCUGAGCUGUGUAAGUACCACACAGACGACUGCACAUGUAGAGCGCGUGAAAACUACUGGCAAAAGGACGUCCUAUUUGGACAUCUGUUCUCAAGACACAAAUAGAAAAGCUUUGAGGAUUUUCUUUACCACAUGAAGUGCUAUGUAACAUUUGGCCCUCUAGUGGUUAAAUACAAAACUGCAUGCAUUUUGUGGAAGAACAUUGUUUAGGUUGUGCUUUGGCUCUGCGUGACUUUGCAGAUGAAUAUGUCCCUUCACAAUUGAUUACAUGACAAUUUAUCUGUUCAAUAAAAUAUCUUACUCACCUGUUGAGUAAUAAAAACACCAUCUCUGCAUCACUUUUACAGCAUUUUAAAUCCCUCAGUUCUCGCUAUCUCUGAAAAGCCAAGUAAAUGAGCUUUUUUUUCUCUUCUGUGUUGCUUUUUUUAACAACUGAUUCCCCCGAGUUUUUCCUCAGAGUUGACAUGUUCCAUGUCAACCUUUCACACGCAUUGUGACAACUAUCCU